GAAAAGAAAUCGAAGCUUCGGAAGCUCAAGGAAGCCAAGCGAGUUUGCGAAAGAUGUGGCAAGGCGCAUGCGGCUAGUGUUUGCUGGUAUAAGAACGUCCAGUGUCACAGCUGUUCUCAAAUCGGUCAUCUACAGAAGAUGUGUCCAAGUAAUCGCAGAGAACUCAAGACUGCAAACGUGGUGGACUGCUCUGAUAGUGACUCUGAAUUAGAUGUGUACCAUGUUAUCAAUACCGUGCGUUCUGGGUAUGAAGUGCAGCUAAACGUAGAAGGGCAAGACCUCUGCAUGCAGAUUGAUACGGGAGCAGCUGUAACACUAAUUCCUGAGAGUGUGAGGCUGAACGCAUUUCCUCAUGUCAAGUGCGAGCCAUCUAGAGUCGCCCUAAAAACAUACACUGGGGAACCUGUUCCAGUAAAAGGGCAAUGCAACGUUUCCGUUACGGUGGGAAAACAGUCUUUGCGGCUACCCGCUAUUAUCGUCAAGGAUAACGGCAAGCAGCUACCAUUGCUGAUGGGGCGAAGUUGGCUUGAAAGGCUCGGGCUUGACUGGAAAAGCGUGUUUUCUAUAAAUGUAAGCGACUCUCACAAGGUAGAGGCGGUUAAAAAGAAGUUCCCAGGGGUGUUUUCUAAGCAACCUGGAAAAGUAAAAAACUAUCAAGCAAGGAUAGUUUUAAGCCAGAAUUGUACGGCUAUUUUUGGCAAGGCCAGAAACGUCCCAUUUGCGCUUCGAGAUAAAGUGGAAGGCGAGCUAGAAAGGCUAGAGAAAAGCGGUGUUAUACGCCCUGUAAAUCGGAGCGAUUGGGCCACGCCAGUAGUCGUAAUCCAAAAGAAAGAUGGUUCACUGAGGCUGUGCGGGGACUACAAAGCGGUGCGAUUUACGCAUUCGGACCACAUCAGAGCCCGCCACGGAAGCCAGGAUUCUUCAAGUUAUCCGCAGGCGCAACCUGCUCCAACGGCAUCCGUAGACACGACUCCACCGACGGUUCCGAUGGCGUGUGGGCCAGUCGCCGGGUCGCCUCUCGUAAAUCCACACGCAACCGACUCUGCGACGUCUCUCCUUCCGGCAACUGCAUCGCCCACGGCCGGAGCAGCUGCCACCGGCUCGCCGGACCAGCCCAGUGCCGACGACGCGCCACCUGCAGCCGAACUUCCAACUCUGCGUCGUAGUGCACGUGUACGACAUGCCCCGAACAGAUACCAGUCCAGUGACUUUCGGAAGUAA